ACCAGUUAUAGCAAUUCGGAUACCUAAUGAGAUCACAAGGUCAUUCGCUGUUUAGUCAAUUCAGCUGGUGGCAACUGCAAGUUAAGAUAAUGGAAAGCCAAUCAGAAAUCCGGGUCUUUGUUUACCUCGAAGGUCUCGUUGAGCACGUGGUCAUGUAUAGAUAAAUCGUAAACACGAAGAACAAGAAGAACACAAAGUGCCUUGAACUUUACGUAAGGUGUUGACCAGGAGAAGGAACAAGAUCUAGAAGAAACGACGUCCAGGAACGCUCCAGUUAUGAUACUCUGAGUGGUCUUAGACACGGGAAGUACAUUCAUUGGUCAACUACGUGGUUGAAGGGUAUCUUAUUUUGAUUUGUCUUUUGGAUAAAUGACAACUAAUUGACUUGAUCAACAGAUCCGAUUUCACAAUAAACGUUUAAUUGCAUUAUCAACAAGAACGUUACUGUGCCUGUAAAGAGUACUUUGAAAUACCACUAAAGCCAUGUAUACUGACGUGGUGAUGCCGGAUAACCGAGGUGAACUGUUCAUGCAAGCCGGUGCGGCAGUUGGAGCCGGAAUAACAGCAUUUUGUUUUGUGACAAUCGUGUUAAAUUUGUUCGUAUGCUACAAAAUCUACCGGCGUAGGGCCAGCCGCGCAUCAAGUACUGCCAUUAUUGUAGCGAAUCUUGCAUGUGUUGACAUUCUCGUCACGUUAAAAGACUUGCCAAUGCUUUUCAAUGUCAGUAAAACAGGAAGAUGGUACUUCGAAGAAAACUGGUGCUCAGCUUACGGCUUGACGAAUGUUAUCUUCAUAAUUGUCUCUGUCUCAAGCUUGGUUACAAUAACCACUGAAAGAUAUGUCAGAAUUCGUGACAUGGCUCUUCCCGCUGAGCAGAAAUACAGAUCCAGACCGCUUCUUCUUGGAUAUGUCAUUGCACACACAACUCUGUCGUACAGUCUCUCGCUGCUGUGGAGCAAAUACAUCUUCCUGGCCAGAAAGGCAUACUGCCGUGUUGAAUGGCCACCGAGACAAGGCUUCAGCUUCACUUUUAUCACAUCAUUUAUUUUCAUCAUCCCAGUUUCAUUUCUCAUUUACAAUCUACUGUACAGAAGUGUAUUCAACAAGGAGAAUGGUGAGAACGAAGAGGGCGACAAACUCAAAGACGACUCUUCUGAUGACAACGAGAAUAUUGCUCAUCGCCAGUUACAAGUUGCCGUCGGGUUGUUCCUUGUUUCUUGGUUACCCUAUGUUAUCGAAAGCAUGGUAUCUGGCUACAUUGAAUUGCCACCUGUUGCAUCAAUUUUCACUGCUUGCCUUCCAAUGAUGUCAACAUCCCUGCUACCGUUUAUUUACUUGCGAUUCUUAAAAGAUGACGACACGCGCAACCACACACAGCUACUUUCUGUCUAUGUCCAAUAAACUAUUUAGUAUGAACACUCAGGUGACUGUACUUUACGAUCUUAUCUCGUAUGAACAAAUAAGGUCCGAGCCAUUACGCUAUGCCCAGGCCGUAAAAUAAAAUUUACCAAGCAUCAGGUUCUAUAAAUUAAAUGGCUUUCGAUAAAAGCCAUUUCUGGUUAGAUUUAGAACAAAAACUAGUCAUUUAUUUUCAUUUUCAUUUCAUUCAAUUCAUUUCUCACUUUCAUUGAUUAUCAAUGCACCCUACAUAAAGUUCAAAGCAAUUCCAAUACAAUCAAAUACGGAUAUAGUACUAAAACAACAUCAAGGGUAACAGAACUACAGACUAAACAUUAAAUGAUUGUAUAGAGGGUAGACAAAUAAUGGAGUUGCUCUCUGGACUGAUCACUGAUCGAGAGAGAGCGCCCCCCCCCCAAUAAAAGUAAAGAAACAACAAACUUUAUAAAUAAAACAUAAACCAGAUGAAACCUGAAUAAUUUUUCAAAUUAGACAUACGAGACAAUGAAAUGAGGUUUUAGUUUAGAGCGAAAAAUUGAAAUAGAGCUACCCUACACAGAGUAUAAAGGGUGGAAGAGUAUUUAUCCUAUAUUGUUAUCAUUACGAUAAGCUAGUGACUGUAUUGUUAGGAUAAGCAGGUAUACUUUUAUGUUAGAUACCUAUCCUAUUUAAGUAAAUUAUAUAAAUUUUAAAAUUCAAUGUUUUGAAUUUGAAAUAUGUAUUUCCUUUCGAAAUAAUAAACUAUUAGUUGCGUUUUAAAAGUCUAUAAUUGUCAAAAAAGCAACUUUUACAGGUAUCAAAUCAACAAGGUCAAAA